GAAGAAGGAAAAAAAAGAAAAAGCCGACGGUAAGCGACGCUCCUGGUGUGACAGCGCAGCGCUGUCCACGUCAACACAGCGAGCGGCUCGGCGGCGGCGAUGGACGACGCGACUCUGGAACCCUCCCUGUACACGGUGAAAGCUCUUUUCAUUCUUGACAAUGAUGGCAACAGACUUCUAUCAAAGUACUACGACCGCGAGCUCUACCCCUCCAUAAAGGAACAGAAGAACUUUGAGAGGAACGUCUUCAACAAGACGCACAAGGCCGACAACGAGAUAGCGUUCGUGGAGGGGAUGACCGUGGUCUACAAGAGCAGCAUCGAUCUCUUCUUCUAUGUGGUGGGAAGCGCUCAGGAGAACGAGCUGAUGCUGGUGUCGGUGCUGAGCUGCCUGUUUGAGUCCCUCAGUCAGAUCCUCAGGAAGAAUGUGGAGCGGCGGUGUUUACUGGACAACAUGGAAGGCGUGUUCCUGAUUGUGGAUGAAAUCAUCGAUGGAGGGGUGAUUCUGGAGAGUGACCCCCAGCAGGUUCUACAGAAGGUCAACUACAGGGUGGAUGACAGCUCAUUGUCUGAACAAAGCGUGGCCCAGCAAAUAACAGAGAAACUGGCGCUGACCACUAACGUUCUGCAGUCGGCCAAGGAGCAGAUCAAAUGGUCCAUACUGAAAUGACCCGGAUAUCGUCAAGGAACAUCUUUAGUCCCAAAGCUUAUUUAAUUUAUAUUUUUUAAAAGGAGAAGGCUUCAGGGAAGGGUCGUUACACGUCUGACCUUUAUGGAGCAGUGAUAGGAUUGUUAUUAUUAUUGUGUGAUGGCAUUUUGUUACAUUGUGUGUGCGACAUGUAAUGGACUCAUUUAGGCUCAAAUAUUCAUACGCGUGUGACGAUUAUCAGGCCAAAUGACAUCGGGGGAACCGAAGGGGGAUGUGGAGAACUUGGGUUUCAAGUUAAUCAGCACCAGGAUCAUGAAUCUAUCACCUUUUAUUUUGGCGGGGCAGGAUCUUCCUCUCCCGUUUACUCAAAACUGAAUUUCAUGGAUGUAUUUCAGCUUCUUUUUUUUGGACAUUUAAAUUACAUCAAAUGUCACAUGUGCUACUCAUUUUGUAAUAAACUUUAAUGACAAUCUGGAAACCAAGAAUAGGCACAAAAAAAAUAUUAUCUGCAAAUGCAAGUUAAAAAUCUGAAUAUCCCUUACAAUAAAAUUAAAAUAAAAACCAUGUCCUGAGACAGGACUGGUGAUAAGUACACACAGACACACAACGAUGUAUGCACUGAAUUUCUCAAUUUAAUAAAUGUAACGACAUAAAGCUAAUUUAAAAAGAAUGUAAUGACACUAAAUAAAUGUUAGCUCCUUGUAUGAAGGGAAUAUGUUACUGUAAAAAAAGGCGUGCUUCUCAUGAAGUUAAAUGAAUAGUUGUACAUAUAAUUGAUCUUAAAGGGACCGUAAAGAUUAGAAAGGAAGAAAAAAAAAUGAUUAUACAGAAUAAUGUCUAUUUUCUUAGACUUAAAGAUGUUCAUAGAUAUUAUUUCAUAAGAAGAAGAAAACGCCAAAGACAUUUUGUUACAUUUGGAUGUUGGAACAUGUUGUCGUAGUUUUGUCUGUCCACUAUUUGUGAGAUUGAUAAUACCUUUAAUAAAGAAUAAAACAAUAA